CUUUCCCAGUAAUGCACUGCGACCAAGGUCGCUCGAACAUAGCUAAUGAUAAUACACGGAGGCAACGUACAUUUCGAAGUUUUUUUUGCAGGAGUAGACUACAUAACCCAAAAGGCAGUGUGUUUUCCUUACAUAGUGACAAGCCGGUGAAUCAUUCGAUUGUAGUGAAGCGCGCGUGUUGUUAGUGAACAUGGUGUGCCUUGGGGUUUUGUUCCUUUUGUAUGUUUAUGUACAGGACCAGCAUUGUUCCAAAAUUCGGAUUUCUACUCAGAGACUGAACUUCAACCAUUUUUGUUUCAUAAACUGUAGUAUCGCUCAUAACCGUUCGUUUAUUACUUUGUGACCCAGAGGUACAAGUGUAAGAACUUCAGCGCCAAAGGACAGCCAGGCCAACAGGGCGAGAAUCUACCUGUGGUUAGUGAGACACCAUGCCUAGGUCUCGGCGUGGAAACUCCGCCAAAACGCGGCGCGGAAGCAGAGUUAACUCAAAGUGCGACUCCCAAACCAGUGAUGAAGAUGCAGCAAGUGAGGUGCUGAGUCAUUACAGCAGUACCAGCGAGACUGCAAGUAUAGCUGAGGAAGGAAUUGGAAGUGAAACUGGGGAUGAGCUUUCAGCACAGGAAGAAUCUGAAGACAGAUUAAAGGAAUGUAUUGAUAAUCUUUUUGAUAAGAGUGCCAAGGUACGUCAGAAUGCCCUGGAGAACCUAAAGAUGGCAUUUUCUUCAAAGACGUUGUUUGAGUUCUUAGCAGACAGAAGGUAUACGUUAACAGAGUGCUUGGAGAGGUGCUUGAAAAAAGGUAAAGGUGAAGAACGGGCACUUGCUGCUACUGUUUCCACAUUAUUGUGCCUUCAGUUUGGUUCUGGUCAGGAAGGAGAAGAGACUUUCAAAGCACUAAAACCCCAUCUCAUGGUCAUCCUCAGUGAUGAGUCUGCUAGCCUUGUUGCUCGGCAGAGUUGUGCCACAGCUCUUGGAAUGUGCUGUUACAUGGCUGCCGAUGACAUUGAGAAUCUUAUUUCCUGCAUGGCGUGUUUGGAAGGCAUUUUUAUUUCCCCUUAUAACAAAGGGGAUCACCUUGUUCCUUCACAUAUGCCUGGAGUCCAGCUUUUGCAUUGUAAUACUUUGCAGUCCUGGACAUUGCUUCUUACAAUCUGCCCAUCUUCUCGCAUAGAAAAAAUAUUGGAAACCCAUCUGCCAAAGCUGUCCUCCAUGUUGGCUAGUGACAAUGUCAGUCUCAGGAUGGCGACCGGAGAAGCCAUAGCUUUGCUCUUUGAGCUGGCCCGAGAAAUCGAUGAUGAGUUUUUUUAUGAAGAUACUGACAUUCUGUGUACCAUACUGAAAGAGAUGGCAACUGACAGCAGCAAAUAUCGAGCAAAGAGUGACAGACGAAAGCAGCGCUCCAUAUUCAGAGAUGUGCUACAUUUUAUUGAGAAUGGAGAGUGUCCCGAAGAAACUAUAAAGUUUGGCUUUGAGUGUAUAUAUGUAGACAGCUGGGUAAGGAGAAAAACGUACAAUGCUUUUAAGGAAAACUUAGGUUCCGGAGUCCGGCACCACUUACAGAACAACAUUCACUUGAGAGACAUUUUUAACCUUGGCCCACCACUAGUUCUUGAUGCUGCUACUAUCAAAGCCAGUAAAAUUUCACGGUUUGAUAAGCACUUGUACAACUCUGCUGCUUUUAAGGCCAGGACUAAAGCUAGAAACAAGGUUCGGGACAAAAGAGCAGAUAUUCUAUAGUACUGCAAAAAUAGUAGUAAAAUUUUACUACUCACUGCUACCUCCUGAUCGUUUCAGAUAAGAUUCUGAUCACUGCAGAAACAAGCUGAACAAUUUCACUUCCUUGCACCAGUUAUGAAACACAUGGACUGUUUAGAGCAGUUUACCUUCUGUCAUCAUUCAGACCAGCAAUAUUGACUUUAUCCUCUAUUCUAAUGUUUGAUUGCUGCAGACCUCACAUUAUCUUCAAAAGGGAAUGAAUUUCUUGUACACAUUUUUUCAGCAACUGCAUUCAUACUUAAGAGCUGCAUUUGGGAGUGGUGUGGUCUGAAUGAAUAAAAAGAAAAAAGUUCUCUAGAGAACUUGUGAAGUGCAAUGUACCAUAUAAGUUGUACAAAAAGCGCAUCGGUUUAAAUUACAUCUGUUCUCUGAGGGAAAGCCUCCUAGUUUGUGUGUGUAUGCAUGUAUUGCAUUAUAUUUU